AUGACAGAGGAAAAAGAGCCGAAGUCCUACGAAUUCGGUUACUCAGUCAAGGACUCGCAGUCAGGGAACGACUACGACAGGAAGGAGGCGUCCGAUGGCCACGAGGUUCGCGGAGAGUACAGGGUUCAUCUCCCCGAUGGGCGCACACAGAUUGUGACGUACCACGCGGAUUGGCAGACCGGUUUCCAUGCGGAUGUCCGCUACGAGGGUGAAGCGAGGUACCCAGAGGCGACCAACACCCAGCAGGGCGGGUAUACUUACAACGCGCCUGAGUUCAGCGGCUCGCUGACAGGUUUCCAUGGCAACGGAAACUCCAAACCCACCAGCCUUUAUGGGCCCCCUGGAUACCAC